AUGGAGUUAAUCAAUCUAGUAAGACUCAUUCUACUUAGCACACUAGUGCUAUGUUCAGAGGAAAUUUCAUUCACGCUCAAAUCUGAGUUUUCCAACGUUUCUAGCACCCAUUUUUUAAACAAGAGGUCGAGACAUGCUGAGCAACCAUUAUUUGUGGUCGAAGAUUCCCAAGACUAUUGCUCCCAAGUGUUUUACCCUAGCCGUAUGGUAGACAAUUGCUGGCAAAGUGCAUUCGAAAAAGCAAAGAAAGUUGUAGAGAAAAUGUCCAUUCCUGAAAAAGUGAAUCUCACAACGGGUACAGGCUGGGGUUCUGGUCCAUGUGUGGGCAAUACUGGUUCAGUGCCAAGACUAGGUAUUCCAAAUUUGUGCUUACAAGAUGGUCCUAACGGGGUUAGAUUUACUGAUUUUGUGACCCAUUUCCCUUCAGGAUUGGCCACUGCCUGUACAUUUAACAAAGGCUUAACCUACCUUCGGGGUAAAGCAAUUGGCCGCGAACACCGAAAGAAGGGUGUGCAUAUAGCUUUGGGUCCUGUUAUUGGCCCUAUAGGAUUGAAGGCGCAAGGAGGACGAAAUUGGGAAAGCUUCGGAGCAGAUCCAUAUUUACAAGGCGUUUUGGGUGCAGCUACUGUUGAAGGCAUGCAAGACGAAGGGGUAGUGGCAACCGCUCGCCAUUUAAUAGGUAAUGAACAAGAGCACUUUCGUCAAGUUGGCGAAUGGGACGAAAACGGAUGGGAUAAGUUACAGUGCUCCAUAAGUUCAAAUAUUGGGGAUCGUGCUAUGCAUGAGAUUUACUUAUGGCCAUUUGCAAACGUCAUCAAGGCAGGUGUUGGAAGUGUUAUGUGUGCAUAUAAUAAGGUGAACAACACAUAUGCGUGUGAAAAUAGCUACUUGUUGAAUUUCUUGUUAAAAUCUGAAUUGGCGUUCCAAGGGUUUGUUGUUAGUGACUGGGGUGCACAACAUAGUGGAGUUAAUUCUGCUUUAGCUGGUUUGGAUAUGACAAUGCCAGGAGAAGUGUUUGAUGAUUGGUUAACAGGCAAGUCGUUUUGGGGACCGCUAUUGACUAGGGCGGUGUAUAAUGGUACGAUUAGUCAAGAGAGAUUAAAUGAUAUGGUUAUUCGAAUCUUGAUGCCAUUUUUUGCAAUUGAUCAGGUUAAAUUACCGACUGAUGAAGAUGUCCCCAACUUCAGCUCGUGGACUCACCAUACAUAUGGUCAGUUGUAUCCAUAUCAACAUUUUGGGCCCAUAUGUCAAAAGAAUUGGCAUGCAAAUGCAAGGACGGAUUUCAGUGACAACACGGCCUUGACUGUUGCCAAGGAAUCCAUUGUGUUGUUGAAGAAUAUAUAUCGCCAUUUACCUAUUGACAGAAGCGAUGGUGUUAGAAGGAUAUUGAUUGCGGGAAAAGGUGCUGGUCCUGACCCUAAUGGAUGUAAUUGUAAAGACCAAAGAUGUGUUGAUGGUGUGCUUACCAGUGGCUGGGGCUCAGCGGCUGUCAAUAAUCCUUUUGUAAUUACUCCAUACGAAGCGAUUUCAAAAAAGGCACGGGAAAGAGGCAUUGUUGUUGAUUACACUUCUAAUAAUUGGGAUUUGGAAAAUGCCAAUGACUUGGCUGAUUAUGCCGACAUGUCGAUCGUAUUUGUCAAUGCUUUCUCGGGAGAAGGGUAUAUUCAUCUCGAUGACAACUAUGGUGAUCGAAAAAACCUCUCGCUAUGGCAUAAUGGUGACGAGUUGAUUAAUAAGAUUGCUGAUAGGUGUCACAAGACCGUUGUUGUUGUUACAUCGACAGGGCCCAUUAAUAUGGAAAAAUGGAUUGAGCAUGAAAAUGUUGUGGCUGUAUUGUUUGUGGCGCCAGCUGGCCAAUUCGUUGGACAGGCAGUAGCUGAUGUUUUAUUCGGUGAUACCAAUCCUAGUGGGAAGUUGCCGUUUACUAUUGCAAAAAAGAAGCAGCAUUAUGUUUCAGUGAUUGACGAGUUGGGAGAAAACUGGGAGCCACAGGACAACUUUGAUCGCGAUAUAUACCCUGACUAUCGAUUCUUUGACAAACACAACAUCAAGCCACGCUAUGAGUUUGGCUUUGGAUUGUCCUAUACAACCUUUAAGGUCACCAAUUUGAAAAUUACCGAAAUUAGUCCCCCGUCUGAAUUUUUGCCAUACCCUCAAGAGUACCUACCAGUACAAAAAAUGGUGGAAGAUGACGUUUGCGAUGCCGAAGAUGCACUUUUCCCCCAUGAUGAUUUUGAGCCGUCGCCGGGCUACAUUUACCCAUACUUGUAUAAUGAGAAUAUAAGGUCUGUCGAUGAUGACAAUACGUUCGAGUAUCCAAAAGGUUACGAUCCAGAUCAACAAACUUCACCGCCACUCAACGCUGGUGGUUUAGGUGGCAAUCCAGCACUUUGGGAGAUCCUUUACGAAGUGAGCGCUGAAGUGAAGAAUGUGGGUACAAUGAAAGGUGGAUAUGCAUCACAAUUGUAUAUUGAGUUCCCAAGUACCAUUGUUUCAUCGCCACCAAAGAUUUUACGUGGAUUUGAAAAGGUGUUUUUGGAGCCUGGUAAAUCAUGCAAGAUAUUUUUCAAUAUUAUGCAUCGGGAUUUGAGUAUAUGGGAUUCCGAAUCACAACAAUGGAUCAUCCAAACAGGAACUUACAAAAUCUACUUGUCAACAAGUAGUAGAAAAGUAGAAUUAUGUGGGGAGAUCGAUAUCGGGUGUUGA